UGUUUAGCUCACUUAGCAUAUUUUGUGGGUAACCCUGGUAACAUUUUCUUCUUUCUUUCAGCUCCUCUUAUAGAGAGAAGAAAGUACAACACUUUGGAGAAGACGCUUCAUAAUCUACUGGAAGAUGAAGCAAUUUUAUUGCAAAUGAUAUCCUCAACUUCAUCUCUUCACUCGCCCCAUCAGCCACUCAAUGCUGUACUACAGGAGAUGCUGGGAUCAUUGAGAGAUGUAAUGUCUGCCAAGAGACAGGAAAUGGAUAAUCUUCAGUUACCACACGAGAGAGCUAGAGUUGAUAUCACCAUCCACAACAGCUCUCCUCCAAACAAAGUAUCCAUUACCUUCUCAUCUCAGAAGGACAGACAAGACUGGGAACACACCCUGCACUCACUCCAACUCUCUCUACCUAAACAACAAGACCCCACCAGUACCAGCAGCACUCACCACCAAAGGACACACACUGAUCCUCCUAAUGCUGCUCUACCUCAAUUCAUGUGGCAUGUGACACUGCCAUCUUGUAGAGUAGGAUCAGAAGUAAGAAACUAA